AUGAAGCCCACCAAGGCAAUGGGAAUAGAUGCCGUUGUGUUUAUUGCCGCCCAAUUAAUAGGCUACUUAGUGGUGGUGGCGUUUGUGAACUGGUACCUCAUAUUCCCAGCACUUGUCCUGAUUAUCCUAAUCUUGCAAAUCCGAUGGAUUUAUAUAAAAACAGCGAGAGAUUUGAAAAGAUUUGAAAACAUGGCCCGGAGUCCCAUAUAUAACCACAUGAGCACUACAUUGAGUGGUUUGGCGACUAUCCGUGCGUUUGGGACACAAAAUAUGUUUAUGAAUCAGUACUACCGGUACCAGAAUGACCACACUUCCACUUACUUCAUUUAUUUAACCCGAGAUUUUGAAUUCUGGAGUUCCCGAGGUAUUAAUGGUCCAAGACCUGUACCACUUUUGGGGACUUAUUGGCAACUACUUUUAAAGCCAUUCCAGAUAGUUGGCCUGGAUAAUCAACGGCGCACCUAUAUAUGCACUCAACCAACAUUAACGGUGAGUGACCCGGAGCUGAUCAGAGAUAUGAAUAUAAAGGAUUUUCAC